AUGGAACUUGUAGCCGCAAAAGCAGAAAAAGAAGAAAAGGAAAGGUUUAAGAAAAUAAACCUGGAACUGGAAAAAGGGAAGCAGAGUAACAAGAGGAAUAAAGAAAUAAAAGAAAUGUUUAAAGGAAAGAAGAAAACGAAAUCCACAUCAGCGAAGCGUGCUUUAUUUAAUGACUCGAACAGUGACGUGAGUGAUACUGAUUGCCUUUUCUGUGGAGACAAGAAGAUAUUCCAAGUCAAGGGAAAAUAA